AUGAUGCUUCUCUAUUAUGCAGCAACAUACUGUGAUUCCAAAGUUAUUGCAAAAAAUUUGGAUAUGAGAUUGGCCUAUGUUAAUCUAAAGAAUGACAGAGGCUAUACUCCUCUUCAUAUUUCUGCUAUGCGUCGAGAACCAGCGGUCAUUGUGUCCCUUCUAACCAAGGGCGCUUCUGCUUCUGAAACAACUGGAGAUGGCCAGUGUGCUGUUCGUAUAUGUAGAAGAUUGAUACCGACAAAAGAUUAUCAUGCAAAAAUAGAACAGGGUCAGGAGUCAAAUAAAGACAGAUUUUGCAUUAACAUUUUGGAGAGGGAGAUUAGAAGGAAUCCCUUGGCUUG